UUUCCAGCAGCUUAUUGACUGGGCUUUCCACCCAGGUUGUGAUCCAGGGACGUCCACGUCCUAGAUUUUGUUUUUGUACAACAAACUUUUACAGCAGCCGAAUGUAUCAAACUCCCCUUUGCCCCCUAGGUAAAUGUCCCUCAGUGGUGGAACAUGCUACCAGAGGCUACAAGACUACGGCCAUCUCUCGCAACCUUCAAGGAGCUACUGCAGCACUGGAUGUUGAGCGGUGUGAUUUGCAAUGCAAGGCCAACAACACUGAGCACCACACGGAGCUGAAUGGUGAGGAGAGGCUGAUCGUGCGGAGAGGGAGGCCCUUCUCUGUCCUGCUGCACCUCCGCCAGGCCUCGCAGAAGCCACCAGAGAACCUCACCCUAACAGUGCAAACAGGUCCAAUCCCUUCCCGGGACACUGGCACGAGGACAACCUUUAAUGUGGGCAGUGCCAUAGACAAGAGCUGCUGGAGCGCCACCAUGGCUGCACCAACAGCUCAAACGCUGUCUUUGACCAUCAGCUCCCCUGCUGAUGCCCCCAUCGGGACAUACAAGCUUCUCGUGGGACAGUAUAAUGCCACCACUCUCUGUGAAUUCGUGAUGCUGUUCAACCCUUGGUGCAGAAGAGAUGCUGUCUUCAUGGAGAAAGACGAGGAGAGGCAGGAGUAUGUGCUCUCGCAGGACGGUAUCAUUUAUAGGGGCACUCCUCCGCGAUUUCAGGAGCUACCAUGGGCCUUUGGUCAGUUUGAGACGGGCAUUUUGGACAUUUGUCUAAGGAUCCUUGAUGAAAACCCAAAGUUUAUCCAUGAUGCAGAUCAGGACUGCUUAAACAGAAGGGACCCAGUGUACGUGACCAGAGUGCUGAGUGCAAUGAUCAACAGCUCUGAUGACAAAGGCGUGCUGACAGGGAACUGGUCAGGAGAUUAUUCCCUCGGAGUGAAGCCCACCUUCUGGACCGGCAGUGGAGACAUCCUCCGCAAGUGGCACGACACCAACUGCAGGCCCGUGCUCUAUGGCCAAUGCUGGGUUUUUGCAGCAGUGGCCUGCACAGUCUCCAGAUCGCUGGGCAUCCCGUGUCGAGUGGUCACCAACUUUGGCUCAGCUCACGACACUGACGGCAACCUCCUGAUUGAGCACAUCUAUGAUGACAAUAGUGAAGACAUUGGGGAUGACUCCAUAUGGAACUUCCAUGUGUGGAUAGACAGCUGGAUGACUCGUCCUGACGUAAAAGAAGGCUUUGGUGGUUGGCAAGCCAGCGACCCAACUCCUCAAGAACGCAGUGAUGGUAUUUUCUGCUGUGGGCCAGUUCCGGUGACAGCAAUCAAAGAGGGUGAGCUGACGAUUAAAUACGAUGCUCCGUUUGUGUACGCUGAAGUGAAUGCUGACGUUGUGACACUGGUCAGGCUGAAAAAUGGCAAGACUGUGAAGAUCAGUGAAGACACCACAGAGUGCGGUCGUAACAUCAGCACCAAGGCCGUCGGCAAGGAUGAACGAAAUGACAUUACAAACGUCUACAAAUAUCCUGAAGGCUCCAAGGAGGAGAGGUCUGUGUAUGAGAAGGCCAAGCACCACAACAAGCUCCUGCAGAAGGGAGAGGAACCCGGGGUUCACAUCAAAAUAAAGAUUGCCAAGUCAACCAUGAUCGGCACUGACUUUGAGGUCUCUGCCAUUGUCAGGAAUAAUUCGCCCGCUCCAAAAACCUUUCUCCUGAUGUUCUAUGCCCGGGUACUGAAUUACAACGGAAGAAUUGGAGACACCUGUGGAUUUGCCGAUGCUCCAGAGCUCAAGAUUGAACCCGCUCAAGAGACCACAACCCCUAUGAAAGUGGAGUAUGCCCUGUACGGCCCCACCAUCACAGAUGAGAGGUUGAUCAAGCUCAAGGUCCUUCUUAUCGACUCAGAAACGAGGCAGUUCCACAAGACUGACAAAACCAUUGUUCUGGACUCACCUAAGAUGCUUAUCAAUAUUGUUGGUAUACCGAAGGUAAACCAGAAACUGACUGCCGAUAUCACGCUCCUGAAUCCACUGCCCGUACCGUUGCAGGAGUGCUUCUUCACAAUAAAAGGAAUUCAUCUCACUGAUGAAAAAAGUAUUAUACAAAAAAUUGGAACAGUGGCACCCAAGGACUAUGCAGCAACUAAAAUUGAAUUUGUACCCACUUCACCUGGGAGAAAUAAACUGGUUGUUGCUUUUAAUAGUGAUAAAUUGGGUAGUAUUACAGCGUAUGAAAGCAUUGUCAUAUCCAACUAAGAUUAAGGCCUGUGUCAUGUAGACUGAUCCACAUGAAAGUGAUCCAUCAUUAAAAUGCUAAAACAAA